UGGCCGUCGCGAUCUGAAAAUUGUUUUCAGGCGUGAGAAAAGGUCUUUCUUCUCCGUUUUUCUGACGUAAUGUAACGUCUGCGGCCUCACCAACACUGUUAUAGUAAUCAAGAGAAGCUCUGUUUUACAUAGGAACUUCCGAAAUUCGUAAGCUAACGUACAGAACCAUGCACGAGACGAGAGAAGACCAGCUGGCUGAACUGUCGUGUUACCUGGACGGUAGCAGCACCAGACUGAGCGGCGUUCUGCAGAGGCUCGGGUGGACGGACGAGAAAACAUCCGACGUUGACCUGGCGUUGUGUCCACUGAAUUCUGCACACCGCGUUCCACCGUCCAGCUUAGCAGACCAUGUGAGGGACUGCCGACUGGCCAAGGCUGGGUAUGAUGCUGAGGAGAGGGAGAGGAUGAAGGAGAGCUCUGAGUUCUACUACGCCAAGUCUACAUCUGUGGUGCCAGUCGUGGUCGACAGGGAGAUGCAGGAGAAGGUCAUCUCUCAGUGCCCUCCCUCAAGUUCAAGUCGGGAUCAGGGCAGAGACAGACAGACGACCAGUUUUACCCAGGCUGUGUCGUCUGCUUCAUCUGAAGAGAGGAGCCUUCCCCUGAGAGAUGAGGAACUGACAACUGCACAGAAACUGGCCAUGCACAACUAUGUGGUGCAGCAGGCCAGCAAAGCCAACAACAGAACAUCGGCCUUCUCAGCUGAAGACAGCUCUCUUACUGCAGACCUGGCGGAGACUGUGCAAAAACAAGAUGAUGACAGUAAAGGUCCGAAGAGUCACCUGGAGAUCCUGGCAGAGCUGAGGGACUACAAACGGCGGAGACAGUCUUACAGGGCCAAGAACGUCCACAUCACCAAGAGGUCAACUACAGAGGUGAUGAGGCAGGUUAUAGAGACUCAGAUGGAGAUGUUGGAGCAGAUGAACAGGGGGAGUAAUGACAGUGAAAGGAACAGCUCUGGCACUGACAACAGAUCCAGUGACAGAACCAGUUCCCCCGCUGUGAGAGUGGACUCUCCCAGACGGCAUGGCCGACCUGACAGCCCCAGACCGUACCAACGCCACCGCAGGGAGGAACGGCACUCCAAACACAAAAAGUCUCGAGACAAGAGCCGCAGUCGGAGUCCCAGUAGGAGGAAGAAACACAGACAUUAGAUUUGGGAAUAAUUUCAUCUGGUCAUCCCAGACUGUAUAAGGAGGUUCUUUAUUCAACAACCAGUGGAUUUCACAUCCGAUGUUUUGGUUGACUGCAUACCUAUCUAGUCCCAUGACCGACACUGGUCGUCGGGGGGACAAGGCAGACUUUGCAGCAGAGGUGUAGCCAGGUCUUCCUGUCUUGGGCUACCGUCAGGAGCUGUGGAAUGGUGAAGGACGUUUG